AUGACUUCUGACUGUCCCCCCACAUGCUGCUCUUCUGAGUCCCAUGACGAGGUUUUUGAUGAUGCAACUGCUUCAACCUGCUCCGAGGAAACCACCUGUCGCCCUAGCAACCGUGCUACAUCCAGAUGCCAGACCCCCAGCUUCCUAUCCAGGUCUCGCUUGCCGACCGGUUGCUUUACGCCAUGCUACCUUGCCGGGGGUUGUAACUGUCCAUGCGUGGUGGGGAACUGUGUUUGGUGUAAGGACGGGGUGUUCAACAACAAUGAGAAGGAGACCAUGCAGUUCCUGAAUGACAGACUUGCCAGCUAUCUGGAGAAGGUGCGGGCCCUGGAGGAGAUGAACGCAGAGCUGGAACGCAAGAUCCGAGAACAAUGUGAAAAGAACAUCCUGCUCGUGUGCCCCAAUUAUCAGUGUUACUUUGACACCAUCGAAGAUCUCCAGCAAAAGAUUUUGUGCACGAAGGCAGAGAAUUCUAGACUUGCUAUACAGCUUGACAACUGCAAACUGGCGGCCAAUGACUUUAGGUCAAAGUACGAGUCUGAACUGCGCCUUCGCCAGCUGGUGGAGACCGACAUCAGCAGCCUCUGGAGGAUCCUGGACGAGCUGACCCUCUGCAAAGCCGACCUGGAGGCGCAUGUGGAGUCUCUGAAGGAAGAUCUCUUUUCCCUUAAGAAAAACCAUGAAGAGGAGGUCAACUUGCUUCGUGGACAGCUUGGUGACCGACUCAGUGUGGAGCUGGACAGCGCCCCCACCGUCGACCUCAACAGGGUCUUGAAUGAGAUGCGCUGUCAGUAUGAAACGGUGCUUGCCAACAACCGCAGGGACGUGGAAGAAUGGUUCGCCGUUCAGACGGAGGAGCUGCAGCAGCAGCAGCUGAGCAGUGCGGAGCAGCUGCAGGGCUGCCAGACGGAGAUCCUGGAACUGAAGCGCACAGCCAAUGCCCUGGAGAUUGAGCUCCACGCACAGCGAAACCUGACAGAAUCUCUGGAAUGCACUGUGGUGGAGACCGAGGCCCAGUACAGCGCCCAGCUGGCCCAGAUGCAGUGCCUGAUCGACAGCGUGGAGAAGCAGCUGGCCGAGAUCCGCUGCGACCUGGAGCGGCAGAACCAGGAGUACCAGGUGCUGCUGGACACAAAGGCCCGGCUGGAGUCAGAGAUCGCCACCUACCACGUGCUCCUUGAGAGAGAGGACAGCAGGCUUCCCUGCAACCCGUGUGCUCCAACAAGCAUGCCAGGCAACGCCGGCGAGCUGUGCUCCGCGUGUGUGCUCUGCACCGUGGAAAACUGCUGUGCGUGA